AAGACUAUCCCUGAGUGUGGGGAGCGAAGCAAAAGAAAAAUCGAAAAACGAAUUGCGAAAAUGCUGAAAUUGUAAACCAAACACCACCACCUUACCACAACCCUCCCCCGGGGGGCCAAUAUUCACAUACAUGUAGUUAGUCAAUCUUAUGCACGUAGUUAAAACGUCUUUAAUGAACGACCAAGACAAAGUUGUUUUUGUUGUUGUUUGGCCUCCUCAAGUACAACACCACAUACGGAUGCGGUGGAGUUUGUGUAUCGGGAUGGCAUGGAUGCAUGCAUAACUGAUGCAGCCAGCGCCAGUCUGCUCAUAAUUCCAGUUUUGUUUUUGUGUACAAAAAAAAAAAAACAAAGAAGAAGACAACUGAUUUUGUUGCCUCCCCAAUCCGCAAUUCAAUCGGUUUACCAUUCGGACGCUUGCCGCUUGGUCUCGAGUGUUGAAUAUUUUGUUGUUGUUGUUUUUUUUUGCUCUUCACCAAAAACAAGCAGAAUCACACAUACUAAGUAGACAAAGCCUGGAGAAGCACAAUAACCAAGAGAAGAAAAAGAAAGAAGACAUCGAUGCUGGCAAAGUGGAUGGCAAGGCCUUUUGUUUUUGUGAAAUCGAACUGAGAGGCCGACAGACAGCCGCAUUUACUUAUUGAGUGCGAGAGUUUACUUACCUACAUACUGUCAGUACUACAUGCAUGUGCCCAAUGCAAGGCUGGAUGUGUGUAAAUGCUGUUGUUGCCUAGAGUACUUCAACAACGUUCGUAAAUGUGUAAACACAUAAACACACGCUUAUAACACAUUUUCAAGACAAAAGCAGAGCUGUCCGCAGCCGCCAAUGGGGAAUGAAUGCAGAGGCAGAAUUGAACGCAGACAGCAUUGAAGAAAGAGUAAAUGAAGUUAUUGAGAGUACAAGAAAACAUAUGAGCAGCAAGCAAAAUACUACAACAUCAACCGACAAUUCUCCCAGCUUGGUGGAAAAAGCAACAGAGAGCUGUUAUGCUGCUUACAACUAAAGUCUAGGCCGAGAACGACUCGAAACGAAUAACAUCGGUCAGUAAAACGAUUUGCCAAAGUAAACGAAGAGCUGCAGCCGCAACAACGACGACGACUUGGCCAAAAGGAAUCCCAACCGGGUUUCGUCAGUUGAUUACCGUCUGUUGUCGUUGUGCGUUGUUUUGCGAAAAUCUCUGGAAUUUCGUAGCCGUUCCGCCGCCGCUGUUGUUGUUUAGUGUAGAGUGUGCGCGCGUGAUGUCAAGGUGAUGUUGGUGCGCGCGCGUGUGUGUGCAAGUACAACGACGCGUCAAUACUUGCCGAUUAUAGAGUGUGAGUGAACAAAAAUAACAGAAAAAUUUAGAAGAAAAUAAAAAUAGCAAUAAAAAAAGAUCACCCGUUUGACAAGUUGUAGUGUUUCGACAUAACCCCGGAAGAAUAGUAAAAAAAAAAAAUUAAAGCGUCUAACGUUUAACGCCCGGGCCUAACAGCAAAGUAAAGAAAAUCAAAAAACAAGAAUAGAACAACAAAUUAGCCACCGGCUUAACACCAGCCAGUUGGCCAUACAGCUUUACCAUUCCACACUUUACCCAAGACCGGCUUAAAGUAAACUCUGUGGCGUCGUGGUGGCCAGCAGUGACAACUAUACCGGCAACAUAUAACAGCACCAUUGGAUUUAACCUGAAACCUGCAAAUAAUUCACAAAUUAUGGGUACCAAAUCGCCAGGUGGACCCCAGCGCUGCCGAUUAAUUCUCAAGCAGUGCCUGGCCAUACAGUUGUCUAAGCCCGGUCACACUUUGGAUGACUUUUGGAUGUAUGACUCAGGCUAUAUGAUUUUCCAGAAUUUCUUAUCGGCCAAUGCCCAAUGCUGGUGGAAUGCCCCACUGACUGCAGCUACUCGUGCUUUACGAUAUGCCGGCCAUGUUGCACCCGGUAUGCUGUUGGUAUGCGGCGAGCCUUGCGCCCUGGAGGUGGUGCGAGGAGCCUUUGCACGUAGUGUCCUUAAGCCACCAGCGACGUAUAUCAUCAGUUCUGUGGGCGACAUUGAAGACUGCAUUGUCACCCCCAUUAUGCAAGGUCAAUUUACACCUCUGCCCGAAGCUUUAUGUGAUGUCAUUAUGGACCUGACAGCCGAUGGUCAUUCGGCUACCAUGGAAAAUAUACGCACAAAAAUUCAAGUACGUUUUCCCCAUAUGACAGCACCCUCAGUAGAUGUGAUUUAUGAUUCGUUGGCCCAACUGAUGCAGGAUCAAAAAAUCUAUCAGACAGCCAAGGGAUACUUCAUACUAACACCAGAACGACGCCGUUCUCGUUCUCGCCCCCGCAGUCAUCACAAUGGUUAUGACGAUUUAAAUGAAUCGGCUGAAAGUGUACCCUCGGAGCCACGCACCAUGUUGAUGACAAAUGAAGAGGCUCUCCAUUCGUUAUAUGGAGAGAUCUCAACGGAACGUGAUGGCGAUUUAACGCAUCAAUGCAUACAGACCAAUUUGGCCGAUGUCAUAUGCGGCGGUAAUCCAAGUGAUAAAAUCCUAUAUCCUCGAACCUCAAAACGACGCAGUUCUUCCUUCCCCACCCCUAGAAGUUUAGAACGAAGGCAUAGUUUGCGACUGUUCGGUUCAUCGAAACGUCUGCAACGUUGUGCCUCCACCCGAAGUCUAUCAAAGACCUAUGCACAGACCUUAAAUACGGAUAGCAGCAGUUCGGAGUACCAAAGCACAGAUUCUUCGUCACCAAAAAAAGGAUCUUUGUUAUCGCGUCUCUUUCGUCGUAGUGGACGAAAUAAGACGCGCCAACUGGAAACAUACUCUGCACAAUUCCCUCCAGCUGAAUGGUUCAACUCUAAAGCAGUGCAUCUACAUAGUGUGGGUACACAGACCCAAGAUCAUGACCUGCCUACCAUUCACACUUUGUCCAAUUCCACAUUUUAUGAUGGCUCAGAGCUCAGUCAACGUUCAAUGACUCUACCGAGGCGUCAUCGGCGUAAUUUAUCCAGCGAAUCCACGUUUGUGAUAUCUUCAAGGGAUUGUUCGCCCAUAAGAAGACGAUCGCCUGCCUAUAGCAGCAGUUCUUUGCCAAGAUCCACGCAAUCCAUACCUGCCACAGCUAACAAUAGUAACAGCAACACUAACAGCGGCAAUGGAGGUUUUACGACUACCAACACAACCUCAAGCAGUGUCAAUAAACCGCCGGUCACAAUGACCGCACGGGCCAGCACUCCUUAUCGUAGUUCACAAAAGUCCAUACAAAGUGGUUCGGUGGCUAGACACAUGCUGGAGCAUUCCCCAUCGCGGAGUACCACGAAUUCUUCACAGAAGGUAAUACCAACUCUAAGGAAUCAGGAGCCAAGGCCAGAUUACCGUAUGUGGCAGAGUGGACCCUCAAGCUUGGAAUCAGGCAAGACUUCCGUGUUUGCAACAUCUGGACCCUCCAGCAUAGACAGCGGCAAGGUUUCAUAUAUACGAACCAGUGGUCAUUCUAGUCUAGAAUCGCAGCGUUCAACAGGUUCUACGGUCAUACAGCCUAGGUCGAUUAUAAUGCUGAAUGGCUCGCCAAGAGGUACACCCAGACAUCAGGUGUUAAGGGCACGCAAUGCAGAGCAAGUAAUGAGAAAUCAUCAAUCAUCGUCCACCACACCUCCCUCUUCUAUGAAUGCGGCACCCAGCUCCAUUGAGUCACGCUUUAGUGCCAACAGCAGAGAUAGCUCACACACGGAGAACGUGGAGAAUUGUUCACCCAUAUCCAAUUCACCUUCCAGUAAUUCCAUAACCCUCAAGCUGACCACCUCGAAUGAUGGCCAACACUGUUUGCCCAACACAAAGAUUGUGGUGCAAAACUCACCCGCUCAAAGUGUUAUAACAUUUGAGAAUAGCAAGCUGAAUGAGAAUUCCAAUGUGUUCAUAUUCAAUAAUGAGACGACAAUGAACGAAAAGGGCCAGAUCCUCAAAAAGACUUUGUCGAAGCAGCAUAUGGGAGUGGGGGCCGCCAAGCAAACAUCAAGUGUGGUGAAUAAUGCACCCCCAGAACUUGCACCCACACCCGAGUCUCAAUUUAAUGGGGAAAAUGGCUCCAAUCGAGGAUCGGACACCGAGACCUGUGACUCCAUGUCCUACAUGAGUUCAUUGUCUUCGGAUAAACCUCCAGAUUCGCUGGAGUUCAGCAAGCCACCCAAGAACUUUCUGGCAGAUAAUGCCAACUCCAGUAGCAUCCCAGCGGCAAACACUGCCAUGAACAAUAGCCGCAAGCUAUGCCUUACGGUACCACCGUCCAACAGUGGUCAUUUGAUAUUCAAGAAUAAUGUACUCAAAAGCAGUGACUCCCAGCCCAGUACUCCCUGUGAUGACAAAUCGAUGCCUGGCAACGAUUUAACCAAAGCCAAAGUGGAAAUGACCGGUUCCGUGGGAAAUCUAAGAUUCUAUGAGAAAACCUCCAAGGACACCUUGAACAAAACCAUCAACUCCAAUUGUGAGUUGAACAACUUGCGCUAUGAGUCAUCCACGCUGUUGGCCAAGAAUGAUAAUCUGAAUUCGAAUACAUCGCUGAGUGGAGGAACCGGUGGCAGUUUGGUACAGAUACUGCAGAAAAAUCUCAACUCCAUUGGCAGUGAACCCAAUUUGGCCCAAAAGGAUACCAACUGCGGCAGCACGGUGGACAAGUCAAUAAAAAAGGAUACUUUGGAUCGACGCCUGAGCCUUUCUAGGGAACACCAGGCAGAAGCUGAAGAUUUGUACAACUUUCCCAGCCUAACUGACCUCUCCUUUAAUUUUACCUCAUUGGCGGCGCAGAAAAUUCUGCAAGGCGUGAGUUUGAAUAGCAUUGACACCUUGGUGGAGUUGAAUAUGGCCGCUGCAGCAGCAGCAGCUGCGGCCGCCAAUGCCUCAGUAGCAUUGGACAAACCUCAGAAUAAUCAACCCACACCAGUGUGUACAGAUUAUGGACUUAUUUAGGCGCCGGCCAUUGAUGUCUGACAUAAGGUGAAAUUGGAGACCGUUGUGGAACUUGGAAUGUAAUUCCCUCCCCCAAAACAUCAACAUCAUCGUCCAUCGUCCAGUGCCAAAAUAAUUAGUUCAAAAUAGCAAUAGCUCUUAGUUUACUAUAAAUCCCCCCACACUCUCACACACACACACAUACACAAAGAAAGAAACAAGCAUUCACAGACUCAACACUUGAAAUAUUUGUAGAGUUCCACAAAUACGGUUUAGAAUAGCAUACGAGUAUAGUAAAUCCUUACGAUACCCUUACUAUAGGCGCAAAGCCAUUGAAAGGUCGAAGCGACUUUUUCUAAAGAAAAAGAUGAUCCUUUUGAAUGGCUUAAACGCUUCUUAAUAUGAAUUAGACUCAGGAAUUUAUUAUUGACUUUUCGCACUAUAACCAGCACAGCACAGACUAUGAGCCAUCCAUCCUAUCUGUGCCUUUUUUCCCCAUAAAACCAACAGGAGCAUUAUUAUUGGACAAUAACCUAGAGCCAGUUGAUACUAAAUAACAAAAAAAAAGAGUUU